AUGAGCUCUGACAGCAAGGGCGAUAAGCCGUACUACGUGACGACGCCGAUUUUUUACGUCAAUGCAUCGCCGCAUAUCGGCCACAUGUACUCGAUGAUCCUCGCCGACGUCCUGAAGCGCUGGCAGGUUCUCAAGGGCCGGCCUGCGAUCCUCUGCACCGGCACGGACGAACACGGCUCCAAGGUACAACAAGCGGCUGCGCGGCAGGGCGUGGAGCCCAAGGAUUUCUGCGACACAACGGCCGAAAAGUUCCGGGACCUGGCGCGCGCGAUUGGCAUGGACAACGACCACUUCAUCCGCACAACAGACCCUGACCACAAGGAGGCGGUUCAGCACUUCUGGCAUCUUCUCAAGGGAAAAGGUUACAUCUAUGAAGCCAAGCAUCAAGGAUGGUACUGCAUCAGCGACGAGUGCUUUUACGCGGCCGACGAGAUCGAGCGGAAAGUUGUACCGCGGACGGGAAGAACGGCGAUGGUUUCAAUCGAGUCCGGGAACGAGGUCGAGUGGAUCGAGGAGAAGACUUAUCACUUCCGCAUGACAGCGUUGAAGGACAGACUGUUGGAAUUUUACACAGCGAACCCUGAUUGGAUCGUGCCGAGGGCGCGCAUGAACGAGGUCAUCGCGUGGGUGUCGAACAAUCUCGAAGACCUCUCCAUCUCGCGGCCGGUACAGAGGCUGGACUGGGGCGUGCGCGUCCCCGACGACCCAAGCCAGACCGUUUACGUGUGGGUAGACGCACUCAUCAAUUACCUCACCAAGGCAGGCUUCCCUGGGUGGCAGCCGGGUCGUGAGCACGAGGGCGGGUGGCCCGCGGACGUGCAUGUUAUCGGCAAGGACAUCGUGCGGUUCCACGGCGUAUACUGGCCGGCGCUGCUCAUGGCGCUGGAUCUUCCGCUGCCCAAGCAGCUGCUGACCCACGCGCACUGGACGCUGGGCAGGAAGAAGAUGUCCAAGUCGCUCGGAAACGUCGUGAACCCUUUCUUCGCGAUCGACCGCUGGGGGCUGGAUACGAUGCGAUACUUCAUGAUGCGCGACGGCGGCAUCGAGAAAGAUGCCGACUACGAGAACUCCUUCAUCUUGGAGAGGUAUCAGAAGGACCUGCAGUCAACCUUGGGUAACUCGAUGAACCGUGUCGCAAAGAGCAAGGUGUGGAAGCUCAGAAAUUCUGUAGCAUGGGUGGGUCAGAAUGGCAUAUUCAGGGGACACGCCGUCAAUGGGAGCGAUGCGCUAAAGGCGUCAGUUAAUGAGAUGGCGGCGACCAUGUCGGAGCACAUGGACCAGCUGAACCCCAAUGCCGCUAUUCGCAGCGUGCUGAGCGUUCUCGCGGAGGUGAACAAGUACCUUACUGACACGGGGCCGUGGAACCUGUACAGGUCGACCAAGGCCACGGAUCAAGCCGAGCUGCACGAGAUCAUCUAUCAUGCCUCGGAGGCUGUUAGAUGCGCGGGUAUUCUACUUCAGCCCGUCAUGCCAGCCAAGAUGGGCACAAUGCUGGACAUUCUCGGCGUUCAAGUCGACAAGCGCGGGUUUGAGCACGCGGUGUUUGGCGCGGAUCUGACGUACGGCACACCGAUGAUUGACCCAGGACGGCCCGGGGACUGGAACAGCCUCUUCCCGCCGCCAGCUGCUAAAAAAUGA